AUGUACAAGGCCGUCAUCCUGCCGACACUACUGUGUGGAGCGGAGACUUGGACGGUGUACGCAAAGCAGGCACGUCGUCUGAACCACUUCCACCUCAGUUGUCUUCGUCGCAUCCUGAGGCUGAAGUGGCAGGAUCGAAUCCCCGACAGUGAUGUGCUGAUACGGACGGGAAUCCUCAGCAUCUACGUCAUACUGAGGCAAAUUCAGCUGCGCUGGAGCGGCUACCUGGUGCGCAUGGACGACGAGCGACUACCCAAACGACUCUUCUGCGGAGACGUCGCGACGGGUUCUCGCCGUCAAGGAGGCCAGAUUCGCCGUUACAAUGAUACCCUGAAGUCCCCCCUGAAAUGCCUGCAAAUCAACCCCACCAACUGGGAGGAGCUCGCACUCGAUCGACCGACCUAG